CUCGCAGGCCCAAAUCUUCUUCUCUUCACUUUCGUUCCUGCAUCCCGCGUCGCGUCGCCCGAACCCCCUGAAUUCCGUUGUUUCUGCCACUCUUUUCAGAACAACACCACACUCUUUUAUCAAUUGGCUUGGUUGGAACAGUAUUCGCUCAUUCUACUGUUUCUGAUAAUACACGCUUGUGGUUAAUUGACUACCUAAUCUACAGCCUACCAGCUUACAGUCAGUCGUUUCUCGUUCAUCUCAUUACCGCCAUGUAUGCCCGGUUCUUCUCCUUCCUCGUCGCCCUUUGCGUCUACGCGCACUGGGCGGUCGCGUCGAUGACGUCUGGUGAAAUCGCCAACUCGCUGAAUGAAAUGGCGUUGCAAGGGUUCGCCGCCAAGGAUCUGGUGCUGGAGAUUAAUUCCACCUCGGACGCGGGUCCGAUGCGUGACGUCUACACCGAGAUCAACACCAUCGUCACCGAGGUUCUCACCAAUGUGGAGUUCAUGACGAACACUCCCACCAUUACCGAUGAGACGGAGGAGCAGGCUGUCUAUGAGGGAUAUUCGAAUUUCGUCCAAUCGCUCUUCGAACUCAUGGACGCGUUCUCCUCCAGCGCAGCCCAGCUCAUGUCGAUCGAUCAAGCGACCAAGUAUGAGGUUCCCUCCGAAGUCCGUAUCUUGGAGAGUGCCGUAGAUGCCUACUUCUUUAAUAUCAUCGGCCUCUUCCCGGCCAACGGCUCGUACAACGCCCAGGCUAGCAAUCAGAAAGCCGAGGUCGAUACCCAUUGCUAUCAGGCUAUCUGGGCGUUUGAUCUCUACGGGAGCAGCUCGGUCAGCAAUACUUCCCUUCAUGCGAGACGGAUGAUGCGCGAAGCUGCGUGAUCGAUUGGGACCCACUUACGUAUACACGUGUAUAUUCUGUACAACAUCCUUGGGAAAGUAAUGGAUUGGUGGAUGAUCACUGGCCAAUCACUUGUAUCAUAUGUUUUUGCUUUUUGUUUUCGGUAAUCAUGUUGCAGACCAACUGAACAGCUGCAGAACUGCGGUCGGGGUGUGAUAACAUGACUGACUAUUUGGGUCACUAGACUUCGCCUUUACGGGGCUCUUCCUCUGCUUCCUGUAUGUAGCCUAUGUAUAUAAUAGUUAGAUAGCAUCACCUCACAAACCACCUCUAUCCUUC